CGUGAAAGAAUGAGACGAAAUCGUGCAGUGCAAGGUCAACAAAAUACGAACAUGAAUCAGCGUAUUAGGAGACAGAGGUCAAUUGUACAAAAUCUCAACAGAGCAGCGUUUGCAUAUAAUCAUUUGUAUGACUAUAGUUUGCACAAUUCUGUUGUAAUUGGAACCAUGACUAAUGUUUGCAAACAUUGUAAGGCACUGAAAUUUCAAAAUGAAAUCGAUGGUCUUUGUUGUUCCGGUGGAAAAGUUAAACUACCGGAAUUAAAACUUCCCCCUGAACCAUUACGUUCAUUUGUAUCGGGAACAACACCAUUAUCAAGGCAUUUUUUGGACAAAAUUCAAACGUAUAAUUCUUGUUUUCAAAUGACAUCGUUUGGUGCUUCGAAAAUAAUCACAGAUAAUUUCAUGCCAACAUUCAAGAUUCAAGGACAAAUUUACCAUCAAGUCGGAUCUUUAUUACCAUUCGCGGAUGCAAAUUAUGAGUUUUUACAAAUUUAUUUUAUUGGUAAUACCGAAGAUGAAAUUGAUCGACGCUGUACAAUUGCCACUAAUGCUCGACGAGCAAUAGUUGGAGAACUGACAGAAUUUUUCCAUGCACAUAAUUUAUUGGUUCGAUUGUUCAAAACAGCGAUGGAUCGAAUGCCAUCAGACAACCAUAAAAUUGUGAUUCGUCCAGACAAAGUACCUGUAGGCGAGCACUCUAGACGAUUCAAUGCUCCCACUAUCGACGAUGUUGCAAUUGUAAUUGUUGGCCAAGAUUUUCAAAAGCGUGAUAUUGUGCUUCAUCGUAGAACAAACGAGCUAACACGUGUGUCUGAAACGCAUCGUUGCUACGAUGCUUUACAAUAUCCAAUAUUAUUUUGGGAAGGCGAAGAUGGCUAUCAUUUCAAUAUAAAAAUGAUAAACCCAGCUACAGGCGCACAAACGAAUAAAAAAGUUAGCGCUAUGAAUUAUUAUUCAUAUCGAUUAAUGAUUCGUGAAAAUGAAGAAUCUCACAUUCUGAAAUGCAGAAGAUUGUUCCACCAAUUUGUCGUGGAUAUGUAUGCAAAAAUUGAGACCGAGCGCUUAAACUAUAACAAAUUCAACCAGACUAAGUUACGGUCCGAGGAAUACAUUCACUUACGGGAUGCAGUGAAUAACGAUGGAAAUGUGAAUGACAUCGGUAGAAUGAUCAUAUUACCAGCAACAUAUACUGGUAGCCCGCGACACAUGCAUGAAUAUGCACAGGAUGCCAUGGCGUAUGUUCGCGCUUAUGGACGGCCGGAUCUGUUUAUUACUUUUACAUGCAAUCCGCAAUGGAGUGAAAUCAAAGACCAUUUAUUUCCUGGCCAAUCCCCAAUUGAUCGACACGACCUAACUGCACGUAUUUUCAAACAAAAACUAAAAUCACUUAUGGACUUUAUUGUCAAACAUAGAGUGUUUGGAGAGGUGCGUUGUUAUUGUAUAUGUAUUCCGUUGAAUGGCAAAAGCGGGGAUUACCGCACGCACACAUUUUGAUUUGGUUGGUUGAUAAAAUUACACCGGAUCAAAUUGAUAGUGUGAUAUCAGCUGAAAUACCGGAUCAAAUGAUUGAUCCAGAUUUGUUCGAAGUCGUCACAAAAAAUAUGAUACAUGGACCUUGCGGUGCAUUGAAUCUGAACUCUCCGUGCAUGAUUGAAUGUAAUAUUUCGAAAACAUCUGGAAUGGCAAAAGUUCUUAAGGGGGGAAGCUGGUCUAGAGCGCAAAAAAUGGGCAUAUUUUAUGAAUUUAUUUUGACUCAACAAAGGGAUCAAUCGAAAAUCUGUGAAAUAGGUUUAAUAAUAUAGCUUUCAUGGUACAAAUACAAAAUUUUUCGUCUGAAUUAAUUUCAAAAUGGCCGCUGUCCAGCAGUUCUCCUAAGGCGCCUUUU